AACGAAGUCUGCAAAUUCGCAAUUCCAAAGACGCAACACAAGUGACGAUGGCGAACUGGGGCGUGAGAUGGAACCCGUGGGACCAAGGGUACUCAGCGCUGGAAGUGGACCAGAUGACGUUCCUGCACAAGACAUACUGCGAGGUGUAUAAUAAGGACCCGAAGGACCUCCCGCACAUCCUCAAGAUGGACGACGCGUUCAAGGUGCCGGUGUACAUGCCCGUGGUCGGCGACUUUGAUGAGCACACGUUUGUGCGAAAGAUGCAGGACAUGGUGGGUCUGCUAAAGAACCCCGCGGAAGGCAUCAUUUCCAGCAUCUGCGCCUACCAAACGGAGCGGCACGAGCGAAAGAGCUUCCAUGUGUCGUACCUGAAUGACCCCCGUACGCUCCUCCUCGAAGAGAUCAAGUCGUGGGCAUUGAACGUGCUGGCAAGUGCCUCAUGCACGACGGAAUACAUUGUCAACGAAGUGGAGAACCGCAUGCAGUUCAUCAAAAAGAUCCAGUACGGCCAGCAGAAGCUCUUUACUAGCGGCAGCGGCGAGCGCUCGUUGAUGGCAACGCUCAAAGACGUGCGGGAAAUCCUCGAAUACAGAGUACUGCCCAUCAUUGAGACGGAGCGAGCACAUGCGUCGGCCAAGGAGCAAUUGACGGUGCUCGAAGCCAAAGGCCAAGAUGCGCUGGUCCAUGGCGUCCAGUUUCUAUUUUACGUGUUUCGCAACUCCCCAAAUGCUCCGAAUGACUGCACGAUUGGCAACUUGCAGUCCCAGCAACAUGCUGGCAUGAGGGACGCCAUGAACACCAAGUCGGGCCAGAUGCUCCAGUUGCUUUUGGAAACCCCUGGGUUCAAGGAACUCUUUCCAACGUCAGUGUAUGCCACGAGCCAGAAAGAAAAGUCGUCGCACCAAUUGCUCUUGACCAACACCCCCGACGAGAAGAAGAUGCUCGCCCAAACGGCGGUAUUUUGCGACGACCAUCAGAAUGCAAUGGUGCCGGCGCUCCUGGGCCCACUCACAAACCCCGCCGAAUACUUGAAGCAAUCCAACUCGGGCGUCGUGGCGCUGCCUGCCGACACAGCCGGACCAGCGUUUGACAAAUUUUGCCGACUUCACGCCAUGCUCAAGUUGAUGGCGGAUCUGAUUGUGAGUUGCCGCAAGGCGAGGCUGCUCGCGGGCCCCGGAGGCGACUUGCUCGUGUACGGACCCGGCGGCGACGCCGUGCGGCGGCUGCUGCAGUCGUGGCAGGCUGUGCAGGGCGAAGUGCGCCAACUGGUGACGGAGAUGACGACGCUGGGGGUGCAGGAGCUGGACAAGCUCAAGACCAACCAAGAGCGCAACUGGCGAAACUGUUUCAAGGAAGUGCUGAGCAUCCAGGGCUACAUCAACAACGACAUUUCUGCGUGUGUGGAGCCGAUUCAGCAGAUUUAUCGCAAUACAGACCCGGCCAAGGUCCAGCGCAUGUUGAAGGAGUUUCGAGAGGCGACGGGGCAAUGGGUCGAAGAAAAUAGUUCGAUCUGUUCGCAAAUCAGCGGCACCCUCGGGCUGCCCGGGCCUCAAGUGGCGCGACCGCUGGGCAAAGCGGCCGACAUCGAGCUGAUUGAGGAUGACGAGAGCGCCGUGCCGUCGGCGCUGGUACUGUCGUCGUCUGAUGCAGUGGCUCCAGCGUUAUUGAAACCGUCGGCAAGAGCCAAAGCUCCAGAGAACAACUUUAUCGACAGCAUUGGCAAGUCAGUGGUGUCAAUUUUCGGUGGCAACAACAACAAUAGCAACGUCAAUCCGACGGUGACGUCGGAACAACACGCCAAGACAGACGCCACCACUAGUGUGCCCAUUGCUUCGAAAGCCACCCCCGUGCCCCCAAAAGACAUUGCCAACGACCCCCCUCUCGGCACGUUGGAUUCGUUACUGAUGGUGCGCCAUGUGGUGCAGGCCAUGGGCAGUUUAAGCUGGAGCACGCGGUCCACGGUCCAGACGUGCGUGAGCUUUGAAAACGACCGCGAGCACGAUGCAUUUGUCAUCUUGUGCGCCGUGUACGAGGCUGUGGGCGUCGAGACGGCGCCAACCUUGUGGGGUCAAGUCACUAUGUAUCGACACGAGCUGCUGCACGCGCUUCAACUGCACUUGACGUUUUUGCUGCACGUGAUGCAGAUCCUCCAGCAUCGCAUGGUCGUGUGCUCAUCUCGUCCAACGACCGCCGCCGACAAUGUCCUCGCCAUCAAAGGAAUGCGACUGUUGUUUGAAAAGCUCAAGCCCGCAUUGUUGGACUUGCGAUCCCAGCUUCACUCGUUGGAAUCGACUUGGAGCAAGAUGGUGGAUGCGUGUGACGUGAUGAAGCACGGGAUGGAGGCGGCGGUGGUGCAUAUGCCGUCGUUAGAUCCGAAAGAAGAAGCGGACGGGAUGGCCAUGUACGCGCUGAAUGGUAUUGGCACGAUUUCCAACAUUGGCAUGAACAAGAACGACACAUCGGCCUCGGCGAUUCAAUCCCACAUGGCGUACAUGGAACAACUGGAAUCGCAACUGGACAACCACAAGCGAACGUUGGUCACGCUUCAAAACAGCGUCGCAACCGGCGAAGGCACCGUGUCCACAGCCCUAGUCAAGCUACAAGCGCUGGAAGAAGACAUGGUGUAUCGCAAGAUGCUGUCGGAGGCGCGCCAACAGCAGCAAAAACAAGCAGACAUCAAGGGCGGUGCCCCCCCGCCUGCAAACUUGAUGGCAGACAUUGGGUACAUUUUCGGGGCUGUGUAUGAGCACGGAUUGGCCAACGAUGCGGUAGUGAGUGCGUGUGUGGACGAUUUCUUCCAAAGCGAAAUGAAGCAUUUGAAGGCGGUGGUGGCCCAAAUCAACUGACGAACGUUAUAUAUCAUGAAACAACAGUACACUGAAUAUGAGAGGUGUAUUUUCCAUUGU